AUCUUUUCUUCUCCCUUUUUGUCAAACUGAGCACAUUUUAACUCAUGAAUAAAGAUGCAUGCAGAGCAUUUACCAUGAAAAGAAACAAGUAUUAAAACUUUGUAAAUUACACUUGGGUAUACAUGGAUAAAAUUAUAUCUAUUGCUUCAAUAAUUUCACUUCUCUCUCUGUGUGUUUCCCAAUUAUAGAGCUAACUAUGGAUUUCAAGAACAACUGGAUUUCCAAACUGAAAGGAGAAUUUUCCAAAAGCCCAGUAGCAACAACUCUAAGCUUUGGACUGAUCCAGAUGGCGUUUGAGAAACUGGUGGAAGUAGAUUUCGAAUGCCCCUGUGACUCUAGAUACAAUCAAUUACAUUCUUUGACAUGUUUCAUUGUUCCACCAAUCGUAGUCUUUUUACUAAUGUUUGCCAUUAAAUGUCACUGUAAACCACUUAGAACAUUUGACUGUAAAUCAUGUAUUAAAUCAGUCUGUAAGGCCGUUAGUAUCACCAUUAUUUCAGCCACAAUAUGGUUGAUAAUUGUGUUUUUUGAUGGUCGUUAUUACGCCUGUGCAAAGACCAGCUGGACGGGAACCUACGAAACGAUUAAGAACGAUGAGCCUCUGAAAUGGUGUAAACCAGACACAGACAGCUCCAACUCAUCUCAGGAGCUACUGGACAAAACCCAGCUGUGGUAUUCUGAGUCACAGUUCAUUGGAUUCUGGAUAAUAUUAGGGUUGGCGGGUUUUUGUGUGCUCUGUUCGCUUGGCUCCCGGUGCUCAUCCAGUUCUGAUGAAAAUGAUGGAACUUCAAGAAAUGAGAGAAACGACGUGGCUUCUGCACCUGUCUGAAGCAAAAACAUGAAAAGAAAUCAUAUGUGAAUGUCUAAUUACAUAGGACAAGUCAUGUGUGGUUAAGAAUAUAAAACAUUUCUGACUGAAGCAACUUUUACGACUGUAAGAAAUGCCAGCAGGGAUGUGCACAGAUAGAUACUAAGCGUGUUUUGGACCAUCGGGUGUUUUCAUACUUUGAUAGUCCUGUGGACUCGUUUUAAAUGGGGGCCAAAGUUGCAACAUUUGUUAAAUUUUUAGCUCAUGUGAAUCACUUUCACACUGCACUGCGUCAAACGAUCCAAACGAAUUGAGAAAAGCAGUUCCCCUUCUCACGUGUGGCGGCGCUGCACCAAAAACAAUUGAAGGAAACGACAGAAAAACCUCAGAAGAAGACAUGAGCAACUUCCUUCUUUGAGAAAUCUAACAAAGUGAAUACAUUUCACUACUUGGUGGACGAUUAUAUUUGACAAGUUAUGUUUAAAAUUCAUAAUAACAUAUUACCAGUAACCUCCAAAAAAAACAAACUCAGAAGUAAUCAAAAGCAUUUAUUUUUAUUGAAUAAAUAUGUAGAAUAUAUGGAAUAAAACCAAGGAAAUGUAUAU